UUUCACACGUUACAGCUGAAACUCCUGAUUUCCACCAAAAAGCGGAGAAUGCGGCUCGUCAGAGAAGCGCGAGGACACCAGAGGCUGCUGCUGUCCGCGCGCACAGGUCCGAGGGAUCUUCGGGAAUGAUGACGCCAUCUACGCGGAGAACUGAUUGGUCCUUAGACGGUUCUGUCACACCUGUUGAUGUGAAACGAGUUACGGUGGCGGUAAGACCCGGAGUUUGGCUGAAGUAACCUGGGUGCCCGGAAGCGGGAAACGUGAUUUUAACGUGAGUUUCUGAGGACACGACAGGAGGAAGAGGACACCGAGCCUCGCGCUCCCGUUCACGGUAACGGUCCGUGAGCCGGAGCACGCGCAGGCUGUUUGUUCGGCUUGUUUUGGCAGCACGAGCCCUGCGCUGAUAAUUAUACAAACGCGCGUGGGCGGCGUGAGCGCGCGUGCGUGGAUGAGAGAGAGAGAGUGAGCGAGCGAGCGAGAUAGGGGGCUGGUGGACCGUGAGGACCGCGCGCGCAGAGCUCCUCUCCUCGGCUCGUGCCGACUCCUCUCGCCGCCUCUCUUUGAUCUUUUUCGGCCACUUUGUGCGCAGAAGCCCGGGAGCCUGCGCGGAGUGCGCGCGCCCGCAGACAGGUGUGCACGGCGCAGUUACCGGAGCGGUCUAUCGUCACGGGCUGUGACAUCAGAGCCGCGCGUGGGCGGCGGGCUGCAGUUACCGGAGGAGUUACCGAGGAGUUACUGGAGUGGUGGCGCUCGCGGGGCCGGGAUGGUACUCGUGCAACAAGCGGCAGGCUCGCGCGGCGCGGAUGCCGUGGCUCCUCGCGCGGGAUCCCAGCUGUGCCGGUGAGCGGGUGCUCUCUCUGCGGGGCGCGGGCCGGCCACGAGCCGCCGGAUUUACGGACCUGUCCCGAGAACAGCCUCUUCGCGCCUCCUCGCGCUUCUGCGUUUUCCCGUCGCGUGACCACACGGACCCCGGCGCCGGCAUGGGCGGGCGCUCCGGCCUGCCCGUCCGCGUGCUGUGGAUGCUCCACGCGUUCCUGGACCUCGCGGGCUCCCAGGAGAUUUACGCGCCGCACUCCAUCCGCGUGGAGGGCGACGACGCUGGGGGGCUUUUCCCGGUCCACGCCAGGGGGGUCCCGGGGACGCCGUGCGGGGACAUCAAGAAGGAGAACGGCAUCCACCGCCUGGAGGCCAUGAUGUACGCGCUGGACCAGAUCAACGGCGACGACGAGCUGCUGCCCAACGUCACGCUGGGCGCGCGGAUCCUGGACACCUGCUCGCGGGACACGUACGCGCUGGAGCAGUCGCUGACGUUCGUGCAGGCGCUCAUCCAGAAGGACACGUCGGACGUGAGGUGCACCAACGGGGAACCUCCGGUGUUCGUGAAGCCCGAGAAGGUGGUGGGGGUCAUCGGGGCCUCGGCCAGCUCCGUGUCCAUCAUGGUGGCCAAUAUCCUGCGCCUGUUCCAGAUCCCUCAGAUCAGCUACGCCUCCACGGCGCCGGAGCUGAGCGACGACCGGCGGUACGACUUCUUCUCUCGGGUGGUCCCUCCGGACAGCUUCCAGGCUCAGGCCAUGGUGGACAUUGUCAAGACCAUGGGCUGGAACUACGUCUCAACGGUGGCGUCGGAAGGCAGUUACGGCGAGAAGGGCGUGGACGCCUUCAUGCAGCUCUCCAGAGAGGCAGGUGGAAUCUGUAUCGCUCAGUCCCUGAAGAUCCCUCACGACCACAAAUCCUCCGACUUUGAUAAAAUCAUCCGCCAGCUGCUGGACACUCGGUACGCCAGGGCGGUCAUCCUGUUCGCCUCCGAUGAAGACAUCAGGGGCAUCCUGAACGCCAGUAAGCGAGCGGACCAAGUGGGUCAUUUCCUGUGGAUCGGCUCCGACAGCUGGGGCGCCAAAAACAGUCCCAUCCAGCACCUGGAGGACGCCGCGGUGGGAGCCAUCACCAUCCUGCCGAAGAGGGCCACCAUCAGCGGGUUCGAUGCCUACUUCACUUCGCGGACUCUGGAGAACAACAGGAGGAACGUGUGGUUUGCUGAGUACUGGGAGGAGAACUUCAACUGCAAACUGAUGAGCUCCUCCAAGAAGGACGAGAGCAGCAGGAAGUGCACAGGUCAGGAGCGCAUCGGCAUUGACUCCAAGUACGAGCAGGAGGGGAAGGUGCAGUUUGUGAUCGACGCCGUGUACGCCAUGGCCCACGCUCUCCACAACAUGCAGCGUGACAUGUGUCCCGAGAACUCCGGCAUCUGCCCCGAGAUGGAGAUCGCCGGGGGCAAGAAACUGCUCAAGUACAUCCGCAGCGUCAGCUUCAACGGAAGUGCCGGUACGUCGGUGACGUUCAACCGUAACGGCGAUGCUCCCGGGCGCUACGACCUGUUCCAGUAUCAGUGGAACAACGUGACCGGGCUGGGCUACCGCAUGAUUGGACAGUGGACAGAGACACUGCAGCUCCAUAAGGAGGACAUGCAGUGGCCUCGAGGGGAGCAGGAGAUUCCCACCUCCGUGUGCAGCCUUCCCUGUAAAACUGGUGAGAGGAAGAAGGUGGUGAAAGGCAUGCCCUGCUGCUGGCACUGCGAGCCCUGCGACGGAUACCAGUUCCAGCCCGACGAGUUCACCUGCAAGCUGUGCUCCUACAACAUGAGGCCCAGCGCCAACCGCACGUUCUGCCAGCCCAUCCCCAUCAUAAAGCUGGAGUGGCACUCGCCCUGGGCGGUGAUUCCGGUUUUCCUGGCAAUGCUGGGCAUCAUCGCGACAAUCUUCGUCAUGGCUACGUUCAUACGGUACAACGACACGCCGAUCGUCCGGGCAUCUGGCAGGGAGCUGAGUUACGUCCUCCUGACUGGGAUAUUUCUGUGCUACAUCAUCACGUUCCUCAUGAUCGCCAAGCCAGAUGUCGGCGUGUGCUCGUUCAGAAGGAUUUUUCUUGGUCUGGGGAUGUGCAUCAGCUACGCCGCCCUCCUCACCAAAACCAACCGCAUCUACCGAAUCUUCGAGCAGGGCAAGAAGUCUGUGACGCCGCCGAGGCUGAUCAGUCCCACCUCGCAGCUCGCUAUCACCUCCAGCCUCAUCUCGGUCCAGCUGUUAGGGGUGUUAAUCUGGUUCGGGGUGGACCCGCCCAACACCAUCAUAGACUAUGACGAGCAGAAGACCCUCAACCCCGAUCUGGCUCGAGGGGUGUUGAAAUGCGACAUCACAGAUCUCCAGAUUAUCUGUUCGUUGGGUUACAGCAUCUUACUGAUGGUGACGUGUACUGUUUACGCCAUAAAGACCCGCGGGGUCCCGGAGAAUUUUAACGAGGCCAAGCCCAUCGGGUUCACCAUGUACACCACCUGCAUCGUGUGGCUGGCCUUCAUCCCCAUCUUCUUUGGCACGGCGCAGUCGGCAGAAAAGCUGUACAUCCAGACCACCACGCUGACCAUCUCCAUGAACCUCAGCGCGUCCGUGGCCCUCGGCAUGCUCUACAUGCCCAAAGUCUACGUCAUCAUCUUCCACCCGGAGCUCAACGUGCAGAAGAGGAAACGAUCCUUCAAGGCCGUCGUCACGGCCGCCACCAUGUCGUCCCGGCUGUCGCACAAGGCCAGCGACCGGCCCAACGGAGAGGCCAAGACGGAGCUGUGCGAGAACGUUGACCCCAGCAGUCCAGCAGCUAAGAAGAAGUACGUGAGCUACAACAACCUCGUGAUCUAACGGCGCUCCUCCGUCACUGCAGAGCGAGAUGUCUGAUCUCCUGCAAGAAGGACGAGCAACGGGAGAAAAGCGGCGACGUGCAGGACUUUUUCUUUCUCUUCUUUUGGUCUCAUGUGCUUCACUGCCCAUCGGAGACGUUCAGGUGCAAAGCGGAGCGUGGUGGGACGACCUCUGAACUCUGACCCCUCCGGGUCGAGAAAAGCUCCAGAAAUAAAAAUCUAUUUGUUUUGUCGUUGAAGCGAUGCCAGUGGUUGUGAGGUAGAAUGCGGCGGAUGCAUUGGCGGACGCUGCGGCGACGACUGGGCGGCGACGACGGGCUCCACGCCGCCGGUGAUGUCAAACGAAGCGCGAGCCCGCCCCCUCGUGUCUCUUUAUGUACUUCCAAACUGCAAGUUCUCACCUUCCUGUCCGCGUGUGUAGUUCUUUAUGGCUUAUAUGUCGGCCUCUUUCUGUUGGUUUGAUUUCUGUUGGUUUGUAAGACGGCUGCGGUUGCCAUGCUGACGACAGAUCUACUUUGCUUCUCGCUUCUCGGUUUGGUUUUAUUGAAGCCAUAUUCUUCUUCGCUCGGAGAUUUGGAGGGCUUCGCUCGCGCUGCCACCUGGACUCAGAUUUUUAUCCUGCAAAUGUGAGAAAAAAAAGUUUUAAAGCCUCUGAAAACUUCAACAAACCGUGUUUAUGAACCUGCGACUCGCUCGGCUCAUUUAGUCCUGACUACACAUCCCAGAAUCCACUGGGCUGCAUGCAGGAAACAGAGCUGCAGGGUUGAAGGCAGCAGAGAAUUUUACAGUGCCCGCUCUGGGAGUGUCUGCUGGCCGCAGUUAGCCACUGUUUCCAAAUCCACGUUAGCCUCGGAGCGAUGCAUGCACCGUUCUGACCCCAGUCCUCUUACUCCACCCACACCCCUGCGGGUGGAGUACGAGGACUUAUUUUAUUCUUUCUCAUUCCAAUCAACACUUGGACCUGGCCUGUUCCGUCUAUCAGGGACCAAAUAUGGUUUUAUUAUUAUUGCUUACGUCCGUGUUGUUGGCCUCUGCAGCCCCGCCCUCAGCCUCUUUUACCAGCUACUACAACGUUUGCCCAUCACAGUUUAUUAAUUAAAAAAUCUUCAUGGUGGGAAAUCAGAGUUUAAACAAUGGAUGAAAUCCAAACACAGAGUGUAAACAGUAAAACAGAGUAAAAGAGAUUCUGUGUGUUUAACGAAUGAAACAGUUGAAGCCUUUUGGAGAGUCGUGCUCCAUUUUUAUUUGCUUACACGUCGACGAUCUGAUGCUCUGAAAGCAGAAGUAAAACUUCAGUCGUUAAAACGAAGAAAAAAAACGCCGAGACCUCCUUUACCCUCUGCUUCCUGUUUGGACCUCAGUCACGGCGGCCUGUAGACGGUUACUCGCUCGUCUGCAGACUAACCACCGAGCAGAUUAACGAGGUUUAUUCCAGGUGAGAAUCAGCUGAAUGAACCCAAACUGUCAGUGUUCUGGAGAAACGGCGUUUUCAGAGGCUUUAACAAAGACAGCAGCAGGUCUGAGGGAAAUCUGACCGUUCAGCUGGCCGUGACGCGGAGCCAAAACAGUUUUUAAGUGUUUUUAAAGCCGUUUGUGGUCACAUGAUGAAACAUUCCCUCCCCAACAUGCGUGUUCUUCUCCACACACUGUUUGUAGGUGUUUGUUUGCGGCGGUGGGGGUGAGGGGGCGGACCCUUACCCCGAGGGAGCCUCCUUCGGUCCAGGCUGAAUCUCUGCUGAUUUCAUGGACUAAAAAAAACAACUAAAGGUGUCGAUGUCGAGGUUGUCAAUGCAUGCCUGAUAUGUUUGAUGUUGAACCAGAAAAAAAAGUUCUCUGCCACAGUCGAUCCCACCUGUCUGCUCCGAAUCGUCCGUUCUUCGGUUCCUCGGAAACGUUCUCGCUCGGCAGAAUGCGGCUUUGAUCGGUUUCUUAUUCCCUGCGGGAGAAACACACGGAGAAUAUAUAUUUAAAAAAGAAAAACACUUGUUUUAAAAAAUGGAAGCAUGUAUGUUUUCUACUGUUUGUACUUGGUAUAUUCAUGUUGCCCUUGCUGCUUAUGUGCCAAUGUUGUGGGAGAGAUUUACAUUUGGCCACUCAUGCAACUAUUCUGUGGUGUCGUCCAAGAAUGUAUCAACAUGAAAUAAAACAUUUGGUUAUUUUUUUUAGAAA